GCUUCACUUCUAAAAGAGAGAAUGUAAAGAAUAAAAAAUGGCGGGAACACUGGCUGGAGUAGAGCUGAACGCAGAGAAUGUGGAGAAAGCAGUUCUUCAGUUCUAUCAAUCUUCAGCUACUCAGGAAACGCAUCAAUGGCUGACAAUUGCUCAGAUAUCUCCUCAGGCCUGGAACUUUGCCUGGGAGCUUAUCCGUCCGGAGAAAUCUCCGGAGGUUCAGUUCUUCGGAGCUUCAUGUCUUGCUGUUAAAGUAUCUCGGUAUUGGGCGGAGCUGAAAGCUGAACAACAUCCUGCUCUCAGGAAGAAACUAUUGGAUACUAUUGUAACGUAUCAGGGUCCUAAGAUAGUACUGACGAGGAUUUGUGUUGCAGUCUCCGGGUUGGUUAUACACAGUGUCUCAGAUAAUUGGCAGCAACCCAUUCAGGAUCUGAUCAACAUGUUUCAACCUCAUAUAACCACGGAGAAUAUGCGUCCUUUAGCUCUUCUUCUUGAACUACUUACAGUUAUACCAGAGGAGUUCUCAACCCUUCUUCUUCCUUCACAACGUAGAGCACAGGUGCGGAAUCACUUGACCGGUAGUUUGACCGGUAUGCUUCAGUUCCUGAUGCAGGUUUUAAAUCAACAAACUAACUCGGAGGUUUCUAUUCAGGCAUUUAAAUGUAUUCAGGCAUGGGUUCAGUUCGGUGUACCGCUGGAUGAGUCGGGGGAAAUUAUUGAACGUCUUCUUGCUGCUGUUCAUGACGAGGAACUCUCCGAUGUAGCAUUUGAAGCCCUGUCCAGCAUGGUUACACACCCGGAUACACACAAGUAUCCGAACCAUCUUAUGGCUCUACUUAAACGUCUGAUUCCUCUGGAUCGUAUCCUCAUAGACUAUAUUGGAGAGGGGAGCUACGAGUGCGCACUUCCGGUUCUCACUCUCUUCAUCAGCUUCGGGGAGUCACACUCCAGGCUCAUGAUAGAUUGGGCUACUAGUUCACAGGAUGGACGUGAAUCAGUGUUAAGAUUGAUUUCUACCAUCUUGUACGCAUCCUCUUGCCCUGCUCAGUUCCCUACACAAGAAACAAUUUCUGAAAUGCCCUUCGGGUUCUGGUAUAUUCUACAGGACGAUAUUAUAGCCUGUGAACCUGACCAGUAUCAGCAAUGUGUAGCGUUAUUUGGACCUGUCUACACAGCGCUAGUCAAUACAAUGCUCAUGAAAUCAAUGUACGAUCCUAAGGACGACCAGUGGACUGCCGACCAGAGGGAGUCUUUCAGGUGUUAUAGAACUGAUAUAGCAGAUACGAUCAUGUAUAGUUUUAAUAUUCUCCGGGACGGACUAUUGCAUUCCUUGCUCCAACAUCUAGAUUCUUCCAUCUCCGCGUGUUUAACCUCCCCGGCAGCCUGGCCUGCGCUAGAGGCGUGUCUUCACGCCUGGUAUGCUGUAGCAGAAUCUCUAGCAGACUCAGACGAAGAGGAAGCUAAUCCACUAUUAUCCAUGUUCUUAGCAAAACUUCCGAUCAUUCCGUUUAGUAAGAAUAUCCGGGUAUUCUCUACAGUACUGGACUGUAUUGGCGGAUUCUCGGAUUGGUUGGCGAUGCAUCCUCAACUUCUCCCUCAUGUUACUCCUAUUGUAACUUCAGCUCUGGGGAACACGGAACUAAGCCUGGCAGCAACCAUGGCUCUCAAGGAUAUAUCAAGGGAUUGCACGGACAGUAUGCGACCUUAUGCCGGAGAAGUGAUAGAUGCAAUCCAUCAAUCAACUGUGUCUGGAUGUUUAAAUACUGGGGAAAUAAUUCGUUUGAUGUAUCCUUUGGGGAAAAUGUUGGCAUUGCUGCCGACUCAGCAAAUUCUUCCUCGUCUAGAACCUAUUCUCUCUCCUCAUCUACAGCUCAUCAAUUCACUUUCUCUCUCUCCUGCUCCUGAUCAACAAACUAGACAGAAGAUUAUCUUUGUCCUCAAGUUGUUGGGAAGUCUGUUCCAAACUUUGAAUAUAACCCGGAGAUCUGAUGAUCAACCUGAGAGUGAAACCUCUCAGCUCAGAAACAGUCUCGGAGAACCUGUGGAUCAACCUGUCUUCAUCAUUUUAAAACAGUUCCUACCAAUGCUAGACAAGGUUUGUCAGAACAACCCUCAGGACUCGGAAAUUAUUGACUCCGUGUGCGCGCUAUUAAAACAGUCAGUUUCUACUCUUCAGGACGAGAUCCGUCCUUUAACCCAAGAUGUGGUGACCCUCACUAUGACCUGUUACAGAGCAACCCCGCAACCUGCCGCUUUGGAUCUUGUCAAGCAAUUUUUUGUAAUGUACGGACGUGAGACGGAGAUGGAAGGUCCCUUGAAAUCCUUAAUGUGUGAGAUUUGUAAUAUUUCAUUACGAACAAUUCAGUCCGGAGCAACUAUGUCUGAUCAUGCGGAUCUUAUAGAUUGUUUUUUUGCUAUGCUGGGUCAGGUGUUGAAGAAACAGGCUGGAUUGUUUGUAAACAAUGAACUGGAUUCUCUGCUACUAUUACAGUGUGCUAUUCAUACUUUAACAAUGCCAGAGCAACAUCCUGUCAAAUCCGCUGCCAUGUUCCUGACUCAGCUGAUCACAGUUUCCAGAGAAGUAGAGAACCUUGUACCUUUAGUAAACCAACAUGGAGAACAAGUUUUUAUGCAGGUGAUGAAAUGCAUCGGAGGAGAGUCAAACAGAACCUUCAUCGACUUUUUCACGGAUAUUCUAUUGGCUUUAAACAAGAAAUACUUUGAUAACAUGUGUAGAUAUAUGAACGCUAUGGUAUCCACUGAGAACUUUCCUUCUCCUCUCUGCUCUAAAGAGUCCAAGGAGAACUUUGCCCGGCUUGUGCUAAAGGAGAGAGCGAACAAGAGAAAGCUCCAGGAGACGGUUCGAGAAUUUUCUCUCCUGAGUCGAGGAUUGAUGGGAUCUGAGUAUGCGUCCCAGAUGGUGAAAUUCGGACUGUAACCUUCGAAUUUCAGGAGAUUCUGUCUUUGCAUUAAAUUUUCAUAUUCCAGGAUACCUAUAUUGUGCUUGUGCAUGAGUAUAUUCACUGGUCUAUCGUCUCCAUUUUACCAAUUCAAUAGUAGCUCAUAAACAAAUGUAUUCUUUUAACUUGUGUGGACCUUUCUAUAUUGCGGAAGUAAAUGCCUGUUCAGAAUUUUGCGAAGAAAGAAAUUUUCUUAAAAAUUAUUUUCAUUUUCUUUUUUUUGUGUCAAAAAAAGUAUGUAUCUUUAUCUAAAGUUUUACACUUAAUGCAUAAUUAUUAAUUAAUCAUGAUUGACAUGCUCUUGCCUAUAUUUAACUAGUUCAGUACAGUAUUCUGCUAAGCUCAUGUGUACUACAGUCAUAGUCGAGAACAGUGAAAUAUUUAUGUCUGCGUUCUUUCUUUAAAUAUAGCUAGACAUUUUUAUUUGAUAGUUGUCAUAUCUUAAUCUUAUAAAAUAUUUAAGGCUAAUUUUUGGAACUAUCUAAUCAAUACUUAAUAAAAAAAAUAGUUUUCUAUUUUUUAUGUUUAAAAAUGGGCAGAAGACUACAAUCAUAUCACUGUUUUCCGUGUUACCACUGUUUAAAUGUACGAUCAACUGAAGACCUGUUAAAACGUAAAGUACGAUAUAAAACAAAGGAGAAAAUUUCAUCAGUUAGUAAAUAUAUUUUUUAAUUAAAUUGUCACCAUCAUAAGUGUAAAUGAACUAGUUUUUCCCUUUGUUGAAAUACAAAUUAUUUUUUUAAACCUA